CAACCGGCGACGGUGAUGAGCAGCUGCUCUGAGGAAGCUCGAGCCGGGGCAUGGGUUUACUCCAAUCAGCGUGAGAGGGAGAGGCGGGAUUUCUCGCACGGCCGUUCAAUAUUAAAUAUUAACGUUGGCCAUUGGCGGGCAUGACAGAGCAGCGGCAUUGAGGCGCCGUGUAAAUCUCCUGCUUGUCCGCCCUGUGGGAUGGUCAGUACCCGCCCCUCUGCUGUGUGUACGGUUGUCUGGGAGUCCCGCUGGCCAGCCGGUGCUCAGUGCUGGUGCAGGGACGCUCGCCUACUCUGGGGUUAAAUGUACAUUCAGUCAGGCUGAUAAACAGGGAGGUACAGGAGACUGAGGUGUGAACCUGCACGACACAGAUAGGGGAGUCCCGACUGUGCAUGGAAACCAUGGCAGGUCCAAAACAAGACAGCAAACCGGGCUUCGUCAUCCUGAUAGCUCACAUCAAUAUGGUCAUAUAUUCUACUUGCUUCUGGAUCCAGACCGGAGUCAUGCCUCAGAUGCAAAAAAAUUUCAGUAAUAGCUGGAAAUCAGAAGGUGGAAGGCAGAGAAUAACCCAGUGAAAUCAUUAUCAUGAGUAUUUGUCGAAGAGGCUGGGAAUGGAUGCAAUCAUGUUUGGUAACCUUCAGACAACGUUUGCUGUUAUCCAGCUCCUGGGAGGACCCCUAUUUGGCAGGUUUGGUGAUUUAUUUGGGGGACGUGCUGCCCUGUCGCUGGCAUACUUCUCCUCAGGGUUUGCCUACCUUCUGAUGGGCCUUUCAACAAGUGUGCCGCUACUUUUUCUUUCCAGACUGCCCACAGUCUUCAUGCAUGGGAUGCAAGCUGCUCAGAUGAUUGUGACUGAUCUGUCUUCAGAGUCAGAACGGGCAGGUGCCUUGGGGAAACUUGGUCUCUCAUAUGGUAUAGGGAUGAUCAUUGGCUCUACAACUGGUGGUUUGCUGGUCUCUAAUUAUGGGGAGCCAUUCGCAGCCUAUACUGCAGCAGCUGGAUGUGUCCUUAACACCAUUGUAGUAAUGAAAUACAUCCCAGCUAACACCAAACCUGUGAUCGUGACAAAGGAAAAUAAGUCAGAAACUGCUCACAGUAAGAGCAUCUUCAGUGUGAAAGAAAUCUUAAGACUAUUAAGUAUUCCAGGAGCUGCAAGUGUCCUUGCAAUUAAAACCAUCACUGGAUUGCCAAUGGGAGUCUUCCAGAGUAUGUUUUCAGUUGUUGCUAUGGACUAUUUCAAAUUACAGGCGGAGCACAAUGGCUACCUCAUGGCUUACAUUGGUGUAUUGCAAAUGGUUAUGCAGGGACUGGUGGUCGGAUGGCUAACUCAGCGAAUUGCAGAGAAAGUCCUGUUUCUCUGGUCUGUUCUGCUGAUUUCUUUGGUGGGUUUGGCAACGGCAUUGAUGACAAACAUAUUCCAAUUCUGCCUCAUUUGCAUCCCGAUGUCUCUGGGAAUUUCUGCUUUCUACCUCAUCACAAAUAGUAUCUUAACCAAAAUAGUUCCUCCCACAGACACUGGUGCGAUGCUGGGGUUGAAUAUGUGUGUUCAUUCUCUCAUCCGCUCAGUGUCUCCCACUAUUGGAGGCUUCCUAUUUGAAUUAUAUGGAUUUUCAUCUUUCGGAUAUAUGCAGUUCCUGGUCAAUUUGCUUGUCUUCUUCUACCUCUUGAUACGCAGUCCGAAUUAAAAAUCUGAGUGACAAUCAACUUGGGAAACAUGUUUAGCGACUAAAUUGACUUCCAGAAUUGGUCAAGGUUCAGAUCAAGUCCUUCAUUAGAUUAAGAGACUUCCAAUAACAACCUAAUUUGUGAAUAAUUUUGCCAUUCAGUAGUUCUGCACCACAAUGAGUAUUCAAUGAGUUGGCAAUGUGGUAGCUAAAACACUGUGCAGCCAGUAACUUGAUUAAACCCUCUUUUUCUCUUGAUGAUAUUAAGUGGAACAGAUGGGUAGAUUUAAAAAAAAACAAAUUUUGGUGAUUGGGAGUCUAGAUCUGAUAGGCAUAUCCAGAUCAUUUUAGGAAUGAUUUUCAGAAACACUUUUUCACACGUUUUCCACGAAUAAAAAUUUGUGCUAGGUUUGUUUUACUUUGAAUCUGAGAUGGAUAGAGUGUUGUUAACCAAAGUUAUUGAGGAAAUGUGACAUAAAGCCAGUGAAUUAGAUUACAGAUUUGCCAUAAUCUCAUUGAAUGCCAGAGCAAGUUAUUUAAAUAGUAUAUACCUAUCAUUCUGAAAAAUUGCAGAUUGUGAGUGAGGAAGGCUAACAAAAUGACAUGCAGUGUCAUUUUGCAGGCCUUCCUGCAAUCAUACCAUUUGUCCUAGAUUGCCCCAUCCAUCUGAAGCCAAAAUGAGCCACUUUAGUGGCCAAUUAAGAGCGUCUUCCCUCCUUUGUUGUCACCUUGUACAUUGUGUAGGAAAAUCUCCAUGUAAACUAGCAGCCCUCCAGUGGGCUAUUUGCAGUGGGCUUUCCUUUUAAGACCCUCCUUUCCAAUGAAGGGCUCCCAGGUUGCAUUGGAUGCCCCCUCAACAUCAGCACCACCGACUCUUACUGCCCCCACCCCACAAAAAACUUUGCUGAGGCAUAUCUUACUGGCCCACAGACCCCAUUUACCUACCUGUGUGGGUGUAUAAUCAUUUCUGUGUCCUCUUUCCUCAAGGUGUCACCCCAGCAGAGCGCACACUCCUCAGCUCAAUACUGAGCUGCUGACUGUCUGAUAGAGCUAUCAAUAAAAUGUGACGCUGGGUCCCACUGCCCUCUAGAACCCUGUAAUUUUGGCCUCAGCAGUGGGAGACCUGUUGACUUGAAAAAUUCCCAACCCUAAAGUUUGUUUUUGCUAAUUAUAGAUUUCUGUGGAUAGCAAGAAUGUUAGUAUACAGCUGGUGGUUACUGAAAAUCUGGAUUGAUGAAAAUGCUGAAUAUAGCACAUAACAGGAUACUGCCAACAUGAUCAUUUUAAUUGGAAUGGAUGUUGAUAAUUCAGAGGCAGUCAUAAUUUAAGUGGCGUUGUGCAGCAUUUCUGUCUUAGAAUGCAAAUGGGGACAGUGAUGUUAUGGUUAUGCUACGGAGCUAGAAACCCAGAGGUAAUGGUUUUCACCAGGGCAUGAAUUCAAUACGUUUUUCUGCUGGACCUAUUCAAAAAUGACCACCCGGGUUGAAUUAAAACAUAAAUAUGGGAAAAACUGAACACUAAGACAGCAUCCGUGCAAAAUGGAAAAGGUUAUGCUUACAUUUCAAGCCUUUGUCAGAAUUGCUGAAAGCCAAAUUUUUGUAAUAAAAGAAAACGAUAAGUUCACUACCGAUCACCUUAACCUAGAGUGCUACUGACUUUAGUGCCCAAUACCUGGCCACAACCAGCACUACCUACAUUACAAGACCAAUUUCUAAAAGUUACAUUGAAAAUUAAAAAUGGGAGUAGAUAAAAUCAAAUUCAUGUCUCAUAAACAGUGCUUGUUGAGGCUGUCUUUUCGUAUGGAAUAUGAAAGGAGGCUACACAACAACUGACAAUUUAAUUACAAAUCUAAUAUACUUGUUGUAUGUGUUUGACCAGGCUUUUAAUCUAAAGUUGUAAGACAUAAUAAUACCACAUCACUACUGACUGAUGCUCUAAGAAACUAUAUCAUGACAUGUCAAAGGUCCUGGAUCUAGUCUGCUAUUUGGUUAACAGCUGCUGGUACACAUUAUCAGUACCAGUAAUGACUCUUGCAAUGACAAAUGCCAAAUGACUACUUAUGCCUGGUAUGGUCAGACUUAAGUUCCAGUAACUCAGAAACAGAGCCUUCAGUUUAGGUUUGCCAGCUGUUCAGGAUUACCCUACAGUCUCCAGGAAUUGUGGGUUAAUCACAGGACACUGCUGGGAACAAUCCUGGGGAAAAAUCAAGUUCUAGGAGACUUCUGCAUUUUAUCACUUCAUUUAUUAUAUAAUAUAUAGGAGAUGGAUCAAUGGGGUUUUCUGAUUAAUCAAUAAUCAUCAAAUCAGGUAUCCAAAAUUCUGCUCACCUUUCAGUUGGUGAGUGAAGCUGAGGUACCAUGAGGUGGAUAUUUUGAAUGACUUUGGCUUGAGAUUAUGUGAUUAAAUCUCCAAGAAUACAUCCAGUCACAGGUGAUAGUCUUAGAGUUGGGCUAAGGCAGUUAAACCCUGAAAGAUCCUUCUGAGUCAUCCUGUCUCUCAAUCUUUGAAAACCACCUCAAAAUCCACUUCUCCAUCAAAGCUCUGAAACCCUUAACAAACUGUUCUUAAUGAUUUGCUACCUGUUCUCUUAUUUAUAUAAUUUAGUACUCCUUUGACAUAAUAACAGUCUUCAAAUAGAGAGUACAUGAUGUGUAUUUGCAGUGCAGGCAAUAAUUGUGUACGUUCAGUUACUACUGUUUGACAUGCUUCCAUUGGGCCUGUUUGAUCACAUGAGGUAUGCAGGUUAUAAUGUGGUGGGCCAGAGACUGAUUCAGGGCAAAGACUGAGUAGAUGUGACAUGCAUAGCAAUUUAGAUUAGAUUCCCUAGUGUGAAAACAGGCCCUUUGGCCGAACAAGGCCACACUGACCCUCUGAAGAGUAACCCACCCAGGCCCACUUCUCUUUAACUAAUCUACCUAACACCAAGGGCAGUUUAGCAUAGGCAAUUCGCCUGGCCUGCACAUCUUUGGACUGUGGGAGGAAACCGGAGCACCUGGAGGAAACCCACGCAGACACCGAGAGAAUGUGCAAACUCCACAUAGACAGUGACCCAAGGUUGGAAUCGAACCUGGGUCCCUGGCGCUGUGAAGCUGCAGUACUAAACACUGAGCCACCGUGCUGCCACAAAUGCACCAAAUUUAUUUAAACCGUGCGUUUUCUAUGUGGUAUAAUGUAGUCUCAGCAGAUGAAACUGCUGCUUGCUUUCACUGUUUCAGCCUUCCAGCCAGAUCUAGUUUAACAAUUCAGUCUGAGCUGGAUAUGGAAUGCCCCUAUAUCUAUUGGUUUGGGUCAAGUGGGUAGGAAGGGAGAAUCUAAGGACUGAGGUGGAUUUAUAACUCCCACAUGUACCAUAUGCCCAUCUCUGCAUGAAUACCCAAACCGGUUAGGUUGGAGCAGAUCAAUUUUGGAAGUUGUGAUCUCUAAGAAAGUAAUAUAUGCUGUCUCCCAUAUCAGAUUCAGGACAAAAAAAACUGAUUUGGACUGACAAGGUGGCCACUAAAAACCAUCCAUCUUCUUGGUAUUCCAAGCAACAGCAGGAGUCAUGAGGCAAAUUUUGCAUCCAUCAGAGCAAAUGCAUGAGUCCUUGUUUGUCAUGGGAAGCUUCUGCAUUUUCCCCAUGAAAAUCUGUCAGUAGUGAGAGAACACUGUACAUUUUUCAGGCAGCAGGUUUCCUCACAGGGUAAAGCAUAAUUAAUAGCUUAUCUGGCCAUAUGAACACUCCCCUCUCAAUUGCACAUACUUCAUGUACAAAAAAGCACACUGGUUCCAUUAAUGUGCAUUUUCUUCAUAGUAUAAGUGCAUGUUAUGGGGCUUUUAUUUUGCCAUUUGAUUCUACCAACCAUUUUUGAAAUGCAAAGAUCAACAAAUGUUGGUUAUUCAGGAAGCAAUGUUGUCCUCUUCAAAAAUAGAAAUUGCUGGAAAAGCUCAUCAGGUUCUGGUAUUGUCUUUGGAAAGAAAUCAGCAUUAAUGUUUUGAGUCGAAUGACCUUGCCUCAGAACUCCUCGUCAGCCUUGGUUAUGACCCCUUAGACAGCCAGAAUAGAGCUGAAAACUGUUGGAGAAGUUCUAGCACCCACUAUGAGGGUUGAAGCAGAGGGUUCAUAGUCUGUACUGUUAGAGGGACUAACAAGAGUCAUUGUGAUUUGUUGCCUUUUGUUGUACUUCUUUGUCCAAUGCAAUAUUACCAUGGAGCAAGUGAAAGAUAAACCUCACCCUCAUCCAGUGGUGGACAAAGACGUUGAUCUAAAAGCUAAGAAUAUAGAUGCAAAACCUGACUUUCUGACAGGAAGAGCCAUAACUAGCAAUUUAAAUGUCUGUCCAAGAUUAAAUGAAAUAAUUCAAUUGAAUUGAAUUUAUUGUCACAUGUACUGAGGCACAGUGAAAAGCUUUGUCUUGUGAGGAAUACAGGCAGAUUGCAGAGUUAAGUAGCAUAGAUAAGUAAAUAGGUAAAGAGCAGCAAAAACAAAAACAUAGGUACAGGUAAAUGUUAAGAGUUUGUGAGUCCAUUCAGUAUUCUAUAAACAAUAGGGUAGAAACUGUUUUGAAACCGUGUGUUCAGGCUUCUGUACCUUCUCUUCAAUGGUAGAGGUUGUAAAGCAUCAUUGCCAAGGUGGGAUGGAUCUUUGAGAAUGCUGACAGCCUUUCCUUGACAGCGAGCCUGGUAAAUGGAUUCUAUAGAUGGGAAAUUGGCCUUUGUGAUUGUCUGGGCCGAGUUCACCAUUCUCUGUAACCAUUCUCUGAUCUUGAAUGGUACAGUUGUCAUACCAGGUAGUGAUAGAUCCAGACAGAUACACAAAUUGUUGUUAUAUGGAAGAGGUGUUUGGUUCCUAUAGAGCAGUAUGAGAGAAGGGAAUUGGAUAAGGGAGGGGAUGUGGCUGUGGCAGGGGUUGAGUAGCUCAUGGUCUCCUGUACUGCAACAUUACAUGAUUCUAAAAUGUCAUAAAAGGAAUAGAAAGUAGAUAUAGAAGGGUAAGAGAAAAUGUAUUUGUUGGUGGAAUGAUGUUUUAGGUAAUAGAUGAUUUGAAGAAUGUGCAGGCUGCUUGAAGGAAUGUGCGGAGAAGGGAGGCCCGAUACACUUGAGAAGGACGUGAAUGCACAAUAUAAGAAAGAUAUGGUUGGGAAGGCUCUUUUAAUUUCUAUAAUGGAAAUCAUACAGUGGGCUAAAAGGAACAAUAUUUCAAAAGUAUUUGUGUAUUCAGUGACAUUGUCUCCCACAUUUCCUCUGACAAAGAGUGGAGUUUAUAUAGGAUGUAAAUUAUGGUUACAUGUGAUUGCACACUACAUUGAAGGUGUAAACCUCGGGUGCUUUGAAAUUUCUACACAAUUGUAUAAAAGAUGUCUAUAGUCUGAUUAAUUACUAAUUGAUUUUAUAUGAAGCACAAUGGAAAUUAGCCAUGCCUUUGAAUUUAUACUCAUUAAUAAGAUCAACUUCUCAUUACUCCUGAUGAUUUACUCAUUUUUUGUACCUCCCUUUUGAUCGUUUUUGUAA